AUGUUAUUAUGUGUUAUCCGCUGCGUAGAUAGAACUUUGAUUAUCAGUGUUGUGAAUGUUCUCCUACAGCAACUGCCCCAACUCAUAGAAGGAGCAAGUUUCCCUUCUAGAGUGGAAGAUGAAGUGAAGUCAUUUCAAAGGGAGCUCGAGAGGAUAAAUAUCUUCCUUAAGAACUCUGAUGGGAAACGGAAUAAGCAUGAAAAUGUGAAGAAGUUAGUGAAGCAAAUCAUUGAAGUUUCUUAUGAGGCUAAGGAUGUUAUCGACACGUUCAUCCUCAAAGUCCAAGAGCACAAGAAGAGGAAUAUUGCAGGACAGUUUAUCUAUAUCUUUUCGCACGUGACAAUGCUGUGGGAUGUUGCGAAGAAGAUAGAAGCCCUCAACAAAGAGAUCAACAAAAUCUAUGACAAUAUACAAAAGUACGGCAUUGAAAGAGCUGAAGAAAGUGUAGUUGCAGAAACGGAGAAGGCACUGUACAGGCGUAGGAGACACGUCGAAGAAGAUGAUGUGGUGGGCUUCCUUCAUGACUCUGAUACAUUGUUGAAUCAGCUUACUCGUGGAACAAAGAAUUCAAAAUUGGAUGUCAUUUCAAUCAUUGGCAUGGGUGGUUUGGGAAAGACGACUCUUGCCAAGAAAAUCUACAAUAAUGAUCGCGUCAAGAGGCACUUUCAUUGCCGUGCAUGGGUUUAUGUAUCUCAAGAUUUCAAAACUAGAGAGUUAUUGCUUGAAAUUUUAAAAUCCCAGAUCACAAUAUCAGAUGAGUGGACAAGGAAACUGGAAGGGAUGAGUGAGUAUCAAGCAAAAGAGUGUCUAGUAGAGAAGUUGCUUGAAUACUUGGAAGGGAAGAGGUACCUAGUAGUCAUGAACGACAUCUGGGAGAUUGAAGUCUGGAAUGAGGUAAAAUAUGCUUUUCCUGAUAACUCUAAUGGAAGCAGAAUAUUAAUCACUAGCCGCAUAAAAGAAGUGGCCUUACAUUCAAGUCUUACUCCUCCCUACUUUCUCCAAUUUCUUAACAAAGAUAAAAGCUAUGAACUCUUUCUUAAAAAGGUGUUCCAAAGAGGAGAAUGUCUUGCCGAGUUAGAAACUCUAGGGAGACAAAUUGCAGAAGGUUGUCGUGGCUUGCCACUUUCAAUUGUAGUAUUAGGAGGUCUUUUAGCGGCCAAAGAAAAGACACAUCGAACAUGGUCGAAAGUGAUUGCCGAUGUAAAUUGGUACCUUACCAAAUGCAAAGACAUUUUGGCCUUAAGCUACAACCACCUGCCGCGACGCUUGAAACCAUGUUUUUUGUAUUUUGGUGCAUACCGAGAAGACUCUAAAAUCCAUGUAAGGGGUCUAAUCCAACUAUGGAUUGCUGAAGAUUCAUACAGGACACUGGUAGAAGAAACAUUGAAGAUGUUGCUGAAGACUACUUGGAGGAGCUUAUUGAUCGAAACUUGAUCCAAGUGGCGACCAGGAGGUCAGAUGAAGGAGCAAAGAUAUGUCGUAUUCAUGAUCUUUUGCGAGACCUAUGCAUAACCGAGAGCGCGAAAGAAAAUUUU